UUACUCACAUAGAAAGUAUUUAGGGCAGCAUUCAAGAUCUCAACUGUUGAAAAAUGAUGAAAAUCUAAAUUUAACACUCUUGUAGUUAAAUUUGACUUAUCUUUAAUUUCUAAAAAUUAAAAUAUUUGACUAAGAUUCGAAAGGAUAAAUAACUUUAUGUGUUAAUAUAAUAAAAACAUUUGGCAAUGCUCGCACAGUGAAUGAGGUGUUUUGUUAGCUGUUUUCCAGCGCAUUUCCUGUGACAAUGACAACUUUAGGGGAGCUGCUAAGUCUCGUGCUGGUGUCGAUAUUGUGGGGCUGCACCAACCCCUUUCUGAAGAGAGGCACAGAGGGGCUGGAAAAGGUGACACAACCAAACAGGGUGUCACAGAUCCUGGCUGAGAUCAAGUUUCUAUUCCUGAACUUCAAGUACCUGGUCCCAUUUCUAAUGAAUCAGGCUGGCUCUGUGUUCUACUACUACACACUGUCCACCACAGAUUUGUCUCUUGCUGUUCCUGUGACCAACUCGCUCACUUUACUUUGCACUCUUCUGACUGGAAAGUUACUGGGGGAAGAGUUUGGAGGGAAAAAAGCUGUUGUGGGAAUGGUCCUCACCAUGGCCGGCGUGUCUCUUUGCAUCAUAAGCUCCGUCGAUGACGUAGAUGUUGCCAAACUGAACGCGUCCUAGUCUGUGGGAUUAAAACAACUUCCCUGCUGCGUUAGGAGAGUGCUUGGCCGGUAAGGAAAGGGAGCUGAAGAUUCUCAGUUCUGCUAGGAGAAUAACUGUUCUCAAGUUUGCUCAGCUCUAGCUUCAAAGAAGAGAGGGAAAGCGGGUUCACGGAGGGGUCAGUCCGGAGCUGGCGUGGAUUUAUAGUGCUUGCGUAGAAGUUGGUGGUUGUUAACUUUGCCUAGUAAAUCCUGCUGCCCUCCAUGUGACUUCUGUGUGCGCAGAUGCUAUAGAGACGACCCGAUGUUGAAAUGAACCGUUUGGGUGUUUCUCCUGUGGACAGAAUAUUUUACAGCAGCUGGCUGCUGUGGCGUGUCUCAGUGAGCAGAAGGUUUCUUCCCCGCUCAUCAGUUCUUUUCUUGCAAAUUGGACUUUUUUUUUUUUUUAUACAAGACUGGCUCCACAAACAGAAAUAUACUUUCUUUUUAUUCUAAGAGUUUUAUUUACAAGACAUUACAUUUACUUUUUAUUGUUUUUUUUUUAGGUUUCUUACCUUUACUUCAUUAUUCCUUCCUGUUAUUUUGUAUAUUAUGUAUCUAAUUUGACUAAAUAUGUUUCUAAAAGAUGUAAAUGCCGGUACUCAAAGCUAUUAUUACAACCCAUUUUAAACAGCAUAAACACAAUAUAUAGAAGAGCUUACAGGAAGCAGCACUUUAUCUUAUUUCUUGGGUUUUGCGAGUUAAACAUAUGAGUUUGCUUCUACAAAUCUGAAUAAAACCAACAAAACCAU